AUGGUCUUCAAAUUAAUUCGGCGGGCACCGCAUAGUGAACAAAAGCAGUCCCGCGAUGGUUAUAUUUAUUUGUUUCGUUUAAUGAAGUUCCUUGGCUGGUUGCCGCCGCUAAGCGGAAUAUUUCGAUACGUCUACCUGUCAUGGACGGCACUAACCUUUGCCUUGUUUACAAUUUACCUACCAAUCGGCUUUCUCGUGAGCUACACUACUAAAAUUAGGCAGUUCACGGCAGGUGAAUUCCUGACUUCACUGCAAGUAUGUCUCAACGCUUACGGAUCGUCUGUGAAGACAGCUUUUGCCUAUUCGAACUUGGAUCGACUAAUCAAGGCAAAGGACCUGCUCGACCAGCUGGACAAGCGCUGCACAAGCAAGGAAGAGCGGGAGAAAAUCAAUCACAUGGUGGCCCGUACUAAUCAAAUAUUUCUCACCUAUACUUUUGUAUACUGUUUCUUCGUGAUUUCCACCUAUAUUAGCAGCACAGUAUUCGGUAGUUUACCCUGGCAAAUUUACGAUCCAUUGGUUGAUCCGAACGAGAGCACUUUGCAGUUUUGGAUUGCCUCAGUGUUGGAACUAUUUGGUAUGUGGGGUGCCGUCUUGCAAGAUGAAGUAGUCGAUACCUAUCCACUAAUAUACACCUACGUAAUUCGUUCCCAUGUGGAAAUGCUAAAGGGUCGUGUAAUCCAACUACGCACCAAUCCCAAAUUGAGUGAGGAUGAUUACUAUGAGGAGCUAGUCCAAUGUAUCACAGAUCACAGGACGAUUUUGCAGUACUGCGACUUACUUCGACCCGUACUGUCGGGUACGGUUUUCACACAGUUUCUACUCAUUGGUGUGGUACUGGGCCUUACCUUAAUCAAUAUAUUUUUUUUCUCAAGUAUCUGGAAUGGAAUAGCAUCCGCUACUUUUGGAUUUUGUUUAUUACUGCAAACAUUUCCCCUCUGCUAUACGUGUAAUCAAAUAAUGGAUGAUUGCGAUACCCUCGCAUACACCAUUUUCCAGUCAAAUUGGAUAGAUGCUAGUCCUCGCUAUAAGUCGGCGAUGUUGUAUUUCAUGCACAAUGUACAGCAACCUAUCAUUUUCAUAGCUGGAGGAAUUUUUCCAAUAACCAUAAGCAGCAAUAUCACUGUGGCGAAGCUUGCGUUUUCGGUUAUAACUGUCUUCAAGCAAAUGAAUAUCGCUGACAAAUUCAAGUCCGUAUAA